AUGAAAAGGAUUUCUACAAUAUUAUCAGCAAUUAUAGUAUCAGUAGUUGCAAUAGGAGUUGGAUUGGUUAAAUUUAAUUACUUGAAUAUAAAUGAAUAUGGGUUUUUAGAGAAAUUGAUAACCCCUCAAAAUGAAAUACCAGAUGAUGUAGGACCAAAGACAAUGACAAUUCAAUAUUGUGAUACAUGUGGUACACGUAAUUUAUAUCAGCAAGUACAAAGUUAUUUAAGUUCAAGAGUAACAGAUCCUGACUUUCAAUUAGUAGCAGUUAAAUAUAAGCCAUCUCCAUUAUAUCAAGGAUUAAGUUAUGCAAUAACAGCAAGCCAGGUUGGUUUAGGAUUGAGUGCAUUUUUAUUUCCGUCACUAUUUACUCCAACAAACCAACAAGGCCAACCACAAGGUGGUCCAAGAACUCAUUUAAUGAUGUUAAUAUUUUUUGGAGGAAAUAUUUUAAGAGGUUUAUUUACUAAUUCAAAUGCAUUUGAAAUUUAUUUGGGUAAAGAUUUGGUCUACUCUGCAAUUCAGAACAAUAGUUCCGGUUAUGCUACACCACCAACAUUGGAACAAGUUGUUACAAUAUUAAAUGAACAUGGAAUUAGUGUAUUGGAAACUUUGACUGAAUAA